ACUCGAUUGUGAGUAAUAUCAAGGCAAUAUGAGCAGCAUCAGCUGAGUGGAAUAAUGUGCAGCUUCGUUGGCAUUUUCAUGAUGCUGUAGGUUGAACGAAACAGUAGUAUCUCAGACAAAUAUGUGACUGCGGCAGCGCAUUUGUUGGUCGUUUCUUAUAUGUGAUCUCAAUCAGGCACGUUAUAUUUUGAACGCAGGAAGCCAACAUGCCCUGGUCCCUUUCACAGCGCGAUAAAUUAUUAUGUACUUUAAUUGCAACUAGAGAAAAUUCAGGGCAUACUGUUUUGUAUUUACAAGGCAGCGAGAAAAGCUUAACGCUAGAGAGUGCAAUGUGCGCAUACGCUUUGGCUUUUGAAAACGUAUUAGAUGUGGUAAGAGUGGUCUUAGUUCGAGGGAGAGGGGAUUCAGCCGAAGCGCGGAAAUUUACACUGCACAAUAAUGCACUGCAGAAAGUGCCAAUUGUUGAAGAAGCGCCCGAAGAGGUACGAGAUGUUGAACUUCCGGCAGUUUACGUUCAGGGAGAACGGAGAGUGAUUGCAGGGCUAUGCUCCUGCUUACGAUACAUACUUCUGCAGAACAGUAGGGUCGAUAUUCUUGGCUUUCGAGCUGCGUGUCUUGCCGCAUGUGCCCAGGUAUCACUAUGGACAUCAUUUUGCGAACGAGACAUGCCUUCGGCAUUGUUGAAUUUUCCUGUGUAUUCCCAAAAGAUGGAUGCACAAAUUGCCAGUUGGUUUCCGCAAGAGCUGCUGUUACUUGAGAAUCAUUUGCGUAUUCCGGUCCGCACCCAUAAUCACAAGCAUCUUAAGCAAAUGCUACAAGUUGAGGAACUUAAUCACGACUUUGUUGAAGGCAUUACGCUUACGCUAUCGGACUUGCUUCUCUUUUUCAUCGUGCAUCUCAUGUUCAAAGAAAUGAUGCAACGCUUCGUGUUUGACCAAACAAUACCUCUUGUAUUUAAGUGGUAUCAAAGAAUGCUGAACCUAAAUAUGACCAAGCCGAAUCUGGCCGUCUUUUUGGCACUGCGGAUAUGUUUAAAAGAACAGUCAAAAGACACUAUCCACUCAGAGUUAGUCGUAAAUCCCCACACUGUUCUCACUCAUAACGGAAUAGAAAAGAUCCGCGUGGCGCAGCUCCCUCUUCCCGCGACGUGUCUUUAUUCACAGAGCAAAAUGAAUAUGUCCCUAAGAACGCGCGUCAAGCACAAAGACGCCUCAAAACUUCUCCGAGUACUUCAGCACUGUCCAUCACUAAUCAAAGAGAACGUGGACUUCCAUCAGCUACUCCCCUGGGAUGAGCUUCCCGAAGAAGUAAGGCCAGAAUCUGGAGGCCUACCUGAAAAACGAAUUCAACGAAAGAGGGAGCAAAUUAGCAAUGUUGUUAACGCCGUGAUAUCACUCAUCGAUAAUGGAAGCUCGCUGACAAUCGUAGAUUUUUGCUCAGGCGGCGGCCAUGUGGCUAUUGCAGUAGCCUAUCUGUUACCAAAUUGCCAAAUAGUCCUGGUCGAAAACAAGUAUGAAUCGCUACAUCGGGCUCGAGCACGCGCUAAAACAUUGGGCUUGAAUAAUGUACGAUUUUGUCAAUGCAAUCUUGACCGAUUUUGCGGUCACUUCGACGUUGGCGUGUCCCUGCACGCCUGUGGGGAAGCCACGGAUCUCGCGAUGGAUAAAUGCCUUCAGUCUGGAGCGUCAUUUGUGUCGGUUCCCUGUUGUUAUGGGGGCAUUAGUCGAGCCUUUCCAUUGCAUGAAACACUGACUAAUGCUUUAAAAACAAUUCAGCCAAAGCAGGAUAUUGGCGAUGCAGCAGUUGUCCAAGAAUUUCCGAACCAGGGUCCUGAUGACACCUCGAUGUACAAGCUCUUGUGUCAUUUUGCUGAUCGGAAUGAAUGCGAGGAGGGUGCUCUUUGUAUGAGCAUAAUCGAUUCAGACCGGACCCGAUACAUCACAUCUCAUGGCUACGAGACGCAGCUCACGAAUAUUUUACCAUUGAGUUGUACGCCUAAGAAUAAUAUGAUCGUUGCACGAAAACGUUUAGCUAAACAAGAACCACUUACUUUGAGUUGAUUUCACCCUUUGUCCGUGGAGGCUAAAGAAGCAAAAGUGUUUAUGUGGCCCAAUUAAAUGGCAUCUGCUACGUCCGUGGCAGUAUUAGUGAUACUAUAGGCGAAGUUGGUGGCCUUGGAUACGGAAGAAUUGAGGUUUUGAUCCAGUGGUACAUAUUCUAUAAUGAAUGAACGGUAUUUCUUAUACUGUCCUGGCCCGAUUAAGUAUCUAGUAUUAAAUUAGCUUAAUUUCUUGCAAUGAGUAAUCGGCGAGUAUGAUAAGUCACAUUCGUGGCCAACAUUCUAGUGGAAAAAGACGAUUUAGCUUUGAUUUUGAAUAAAUCCUAAAGAGCAAAAGUGACUGGCAUUAGUGCAUCGAGGCACGGUCUGUGUUUUCAGCUAGUUUACGAGUUGCUGUCAAGCUGUUUUCCCUUAAAAGUGCUUUUAGGCGCUCGUCACUGAUUUCGUAUGGCGGACCAGAACGGGCGCACCCUCGAGGUCCAAGAUGGCAUUUUUGGACCGUCUUCGAGCUGUUUUCUCACUUACAUAGUCUUCGUUGGAUAGGGCGCAAAAUAUACCUGGCACACUAGUGGAUUUUUUAUUUAAACAAAAGGCGAAAUCGUAUAAGCGCCGGAAGUGCAUUUUUUUAUUUGCAACAUCUUGUUUUGAAGUCUAAUCUCGACAUAGAAUUCCAAAUACCGCAAAAAAAUCAAUACACUUAUAAAGUAUAGAAAAUUUAUCAGAGUGGAAAGUAUCUUUUUAUCCACGAAAAACAGUAAUUACAUAUAUAUAUAUAUGGUAAAGGAGUAACUGAAACAAGGAGCGUUUAAGAAAUAGCUCGUCAUGACUUCUGCAAUAACAUAUCGACUUGGUUCAUUGUGUAUAGACUCUGUUUAGGAUAAGCUUUAUAAAUCAUAUAACGUGCUUCAUACUUAAUUCCAUUAAGUUAGUCUGAUUAUUGAACUAAUUAUACUAAUAUAUAUGGUCUGACUAUUGAACUGAUUAUAAUCUAAAUUAUCGAACAACAUUCACUACUUUCUCUAGCGCGUCGAGAAAAUCAACGGAGUGGACGUCUAUUUUAAACUAUCAUUAGAGAACAAAUAUCUUUGGUUUGGAACCAAAUAUACGAAAUACUAAACAAAAAACGAAAAAUAAAUAAAAUAGACUGCCCUGUAAAUUUCA